CUUCCCGUCGUCCCGUUGUACAUAGUUUCUAACCAAGCCACCAUGGCGCCCACAACAGAGGUAAUUUAAUCAUAACCUAAUGUAGGCUAAAACAUUUGUUUCACUGUCAGGCAUUUUUCCUAACAUUGGACGACUGUUGGGUUUUACGAUCACAAUUUGAUGUAGUAAGAAUGAUUUUGUACCUGUAUAGUGUACACAAAUGGCAAAAGGAGUCAAUACUCACUUCAAAUACUAACUCUCUCAGUAUACUAUAUUAUAUUGACUAUAUUGACCAAUAUAUAAAUAUAAUAUAAUAAUAUAGUUUUAGUAUACUAUUAAUUAGUAUACUAGUAUAGUGAAGUAUAGUAUAGUCAUAGUAUACUAAUAGUAUAGUCAUAUAGUAUAGUGUCAGUAAUAACAACACAGUAACAGCCACGGUGGUCCUAUGAGUGGUCAUGGAACCUAUUUACUAUUUACGGUACGAAGUGGUUAUGCGCAGCCGACUGCGUAUAACCCUGAGAGUUAUACGCAGUCGGCAAGUCACAUGACGUCUAUAUUCUUCCUGUGUUACAGUAUCAAUCAAUAAGGGUACGUCGUUAUUGGGGUGACUGGGUGGUCGAAUGGUAUAAACUGACCAAACCCGAAGUUGAUGGUCAGGAGUUCAAUUCCAGCCAACGGAAAGCCAACGGGUUAGUUGCUAUGUUUGUUCUCGAGAAUGAACCAAAAAACAACUCCGCUUAUUAUUUAAUUUUUGUUUUGGCUAAAAAAUGUUUAAACAUUAUACGAAUUAACUUGACUAAUGUAAUGUUAAUAAUGUUAUACUUAUAAUUAUCAUAAUAUAUGUUUGUGCUGUUAACAUAUAUUUUGUGUUGUUAACUAAUUUUGUGGCAGAUAAGAUCAUGUUUCUCUGGUAGAGUAAUAAAUAUAAUCAUGGGUGGAGAGCAGCAGUAAGAAAAUCGCUGUAGGGGCAGGGGGUUCUGUAGAGGGGGCACUGUAAGUAAUACUUUCACACAGUUAUAGUUUUGCAUGGAAGCUGAAAACUGUUACAUUUUGGUCAUAAAAAAAAAUAAUCAUAAAUGAUAUAAUUUUUAAAAAAAUAAAUAGAAUGUAUUUCCUGAAUUAGUCAGUAAAACCAACCACAUAGACAUAGCAACAUAUAAAAACCUAAUCAAUCAAUCGGAAUACAUAACUAGACUUAGACCAUGGAAAUGCCUUUUAAAAAAUCUUAGACUUAGGCUUAGACUCUAAGAAAUGUAGACUUUGACUUAUAAUUAUAAUAUAUAAGAUACAAGCAAUAAUACUUAUAAUACCACUAAUACUAAUACUAUUACUAUCAUUCAAUUUCAUUAUUAAUUAAAAUUAAUUCAAUUACAAUUUUACGUUAAACACAUAUAAAGUUACAGUUCAAAACAACCCAUCAUGCGGCUAAUUACACAUAAUACUUUUUUUUUUAAUUGCCAAACUAGCGGUAAUAAACCUUAUUUGGCUAAAUUCCCAGCCGACUGCGAAUAACCCUGAGAGUUAUACGCAGUCAGCUGGGAAUAACCCACAGGGUUAUGCGCAGUCGACUGCGUAUAACUCUCAGGGUUAUACGCAGCCGACUGCGGAUAACGCUUCCCUUUACGGUAACUUCAACGAACUUCUGAUCCACUCUCUCUCAGUUCUUAAACCAAAACUUUUGCUAGCCCAAAUAAUGUAUCCCAUUGAAAUGUAUUUAAAUUCAAGUAUUAUUCUGUGCUGACUCCCAUUUCCCAUAUAUUUUGAAGUAGUCUCCUUUGCUUUACCAAAGUGCCUACACUCCUACACUAUGACGUCUAUGACUAUGAAUUCCAAUUCUUAUUCAAAAUUAUCAAACCACUCUUCUUAAAAUCUUCAGCAAUUAUACUAAGUAUUUUUGCCAACAAAACACUGUGCAUUUGCCUAGCCCUAAUCACAAACUAUUGUCUAUAAUAAUAUAAUAUAUAUAUACAGUUUAAUUUCUAUGUGCACUAUUAAUUCUCACUCAUAUGUUCUACCAAUAUUUAUUCUACACUUUACACUACUAGGUCUGGUCUAAAAAACAGACUCUGUCAAAUGAUCCGGUUGUUUGCAAUAUGUCCUAUCUUACUAACACCAACUACGUCCAAACUGUCAAAAUCACAUUAUGAACUGGACUAAGACUCAACUGAACAUGAACUGCACUAGGACUGCAAGAGCUCCUGCUAACACCGAUCCACUAUUUAUAUCCUUGCCCCACCCAAAUGAUUCCUUGUAUCCUAAGCUCACUUGUAUUUCCCAUGUUUAUCAUUGUGAGCUAAGUUUUGAUACACUCCACCAAGAUAAUACUUUAUUCUCGAUGGCUCCAAUUCCUUAACAAUCACAUAAUUUAAUCAUGUGCAUUUAGUAUAUUAUAUAGGCCUUGUUUGAUUCUGCCAUUGUUAGUGUUACAUGUGUAUGUAUAGCAACAAUAAAAGUUUUAACACUAAGACUAAGACUGAUUCAAUUUUCAGGUGAUUCAUAAUUCAUUGAGACAAAAUCUCAAGUGUAAGGACAUUUAAUGCUCAACCUUACUACAACCGUAUUUGUAUGGGAAUCAAAAAGAUGUGUGUUUUCUAAACUUUUGAUCAAAUUUACAUUCCCCUUGCAUCUGUUACAAAUUUCCAGGGUGGAGAUGAAAAAAGUUCAAGAAAUACCAUUCUGUUCAACGCCACAAAGAGGGAGUUAUAUAGCCUCAAUAAUGGCUUAAAGACUUUAAACCGAAAAUUGAAAUCCAUGUGGCGACUUGUUGUGUAAGUUAACAAAAAAAUUUACGAUGUACCAAAAUGUGUGACAUUAAUUUUGCAUUUUCUUUUUUUUAAUGGUUAUUGCUUGGGCCUCUAAAAUGCUAAGUAUUUUAUUGUGGUUGUAAUGGGACUCCUAUAAAACAACUUACUAUCAUCACAAUCUAAGUGUACAUUAAUUGUUGCAUUUAUGCUAUAGUCUAUAGCUUACAUUUUUUGUUGAAAGUAUUUUAACAGUAUAAUCUCUGUUAUAUAUUUCCCAAUAGGCACAUUUAAUUAUUAUGGAGCAGCAAAUGUGCUGCAAUAAUCAAGUGGCUGUAAAUUUUGUGUACGUUUAAGCAUUAAAUGGAACUUUUUUCAUAUUAUGAAGAAAACAAGCAAAUAUUUGUAGCAUGAUUUUAAGGACAAUAAGUGCAGAUAUGACCAUAAUUUAUCUAUAAAUUGAAUAGAAACAAAGAUGAUAUAUCUCCUGACAAGCUAAGCCAAGCCAGAAUCUUUGUUCUUCCUGGUUCAAAAGAAAAAUUCACAGCUGCAGAGGUGAGCAUUGAUUAGAGUUAUAAUCUUGCUUCGGCGUGAUUAUUGAAGUCAAGAUUUAAGUCAAUAAUUUGCCUCUAAUAUAUUUUAUUCACGUAUUUAGACUUUGUUCUUAUACAUUUCUUCUUAGUACGGUACUUGUUAAUGCUUUCUGAUCUUUGAAUUUUAGAGACCAAAGAUAAAGAACAAUUGUCUCUCAAUUAUUUUAUGAAGCAUACUUUUUACUGCUUUUUAGAUUGACAUUUUUCUAAAUCCUACUUUUGUCAUGUUUGUGUAACUAAGCAACUUUCUGUUUGAAUUUUUUUUUUGUCUUAGAUUACAUUUUAUUUUUAAAAAGUUUAACUUUUUAAGAAUUUGUUUCACGAAAUCAGAAUAUAUUUGUUUUUGUUUUUUAAAACAAUUUUCAGCUCACUGCCAUGAAAGCCUAUGUGGAGUCAGGAGGUAGUGUGUUGGUUUUACUUGGUGAAGGGGGAGAGGCACGUUUUGAAACAAACAUAAAUUUCUUUCUAGAAGAGUAUGGAAUAUUUGUCAAUAAUGGUGAGUCGAAACAUUGUGCUAAUUUAAAGUUAAGGCAUAAUUUUAAGUUUGGCCGGCAUUGAAACAAAUUAUUAUGUCGUUUGGUUCAAUACACUUUCAGAUUUAUUGUAUUUGUUUCCCCUUAGAUUCUGUUGUCAGGACUUCUUACUACAAAUAUUUCCACCCAAAAGAAGCCUUGGUGACAAAUGGUGUUUUAAAUAGGUAAUAUUUUACUUUUCUGUCCUGUUCUAUUUUUAAGCUAUUACUUUCUCAAGGAAUUGUUUAAAACAAGGUAUGGGAAAACCUGAAAAAAGGACUCAGCAAAACAGGAAACAUGGUGGCAAGAUGGUGGCAAGAAGCCUUCUUCAGUGAACAAACAAGGAGUUACCCAAAAACAUAAAUUAAAAUAAACACUUUGUUGAAAAGUGGUAUUCGGAAGGACAGCAAGAGGACGUGGGUACUCUUUAAUUUUUUAUCGUAAAUACAUAUGUGGGUUUUUUUUUUUAAACACCAACAUUUUAAUCUGCAAGGUUACAACAGUGUUUUGAUGUUAAGAAAUGUUUCAAAUCGUAAAUAAUUUUUUUUUUUAAAGAGCAAUCAGCCAGGCUGCCGGUAAGGUGAUGUUUGGAGCAGGGGAUGAAGAUGGUAACAAUGCCCAGUAAGUAGUGCUUUCUGGGGCCUUGUAAACAAAAAUGUUUAAAAAUAAUCAUUUUGAAAAUGUGUGUGUAAUGAAGUAUUAAUAAAUUCAGACUUUCUUCAGACAAUGUCACAAAUAUUUUUUUUCCACAUGAGCAUGCAUAAUUUUAAUACUGUGCAGUACUCAUAAAUGAUAUUUAUGUGUUUGUGAUUACAGAGCACUCUCUUUCUUAUACCCAUAUGGAGCUACAAUAAAUGUCCAGAAACCUGCAACAGCCGUACUGUCCACAGGAAGUGUUUGUUUUCCACUCAACAGACCAGUUUGUGCAUUCUACUCAUCCAGGGUAAUUAACAGAUAUCCUAACAGAAUUGCAGUUGUUUAAUAUUUGAAAUGGAUCAGCAAUACUUAUGGUGAAGCAAUAAUGAUGCUAUGUUAAAUGAGUGUUUCCAACAGGUUUAAAAGUCUUUGUGUGGUCCUUAUUCAUUACCAGUAAUAAAAUUUAUAAUUAUUUUGAUAGAUAUGAGACUGCCAGGGAAUAUUUUUAAUGUUUUAAAUACGAUCAAAUGUUAUGACUGAAUCUGUCUUUAUAAAAUGUCUUUUAAAAUGAUUGCAGCAAUCCCAAAGCUCACUUACAGUUCAUUAGCCAGAGAAUUAUUUAUGGAUCAUUAUUGAUUAGUAUAAUGAAAAAAUCCCUUUCCGGUUAUAUUUAAAAUGAAACACUUAAGUGACAAAUGUUUAAAUCUAUAGCAUCACAAAGGAAAGAUAGCAGUGCUUGGCUCUGUGCAUAUGUUCAGUGAUCAAUACAUUGAAAAGGAAGAAAAUCUGAAAAUUUUGGUAAGUUUCUCAAUUCCUUUGGAGCGUAAACACAUUUGGAUAUUAUAUUUAAUUGUUUGAGUAUCUAUUUAUCUUCUUGUUUUGUUUUGUUUGUUUUUUUUUUGGUGAUAAUCUGCGGAAAAAUUUAAAAUCUUGGUGUUGGAGGGGGGAAAACCCAAUCAGCUUUUGAUUAUCUUAUUCUAAUUGACAGGAUGUGGUGAUACAGUUUCUAACAACAGAUGACCUUAAACUGAACGCAAUAGAUGCUGAAGAUCCUGAGGUAACAAUUUAUGUAUAUACUCCUAUAUAUAUUUUUUCAUUUUGCUCUUUAAGAUUUUCUGUGGAGUACUUGAAAUCUAAUCCACUAUUUUGUUUCCUUUAAUGAAAUAUAAUUACUUUACUCAUCUUGAAAAAGUAAGGUCUUGAGUGGGAUAUCUAAGUAUUUGUAAACUUAUGUCUUUAAGUUAUUAAAUAUUAAACAUGUUGGUUUUUUUAAUUUUAUUAUCUCCAUGCAGAUUUCUGAUUACAACCAGUUACCAGACAUUGCAAGAUUGUCUGAGCAGUUGAAGACAUGUUUACAAGAAAGUGAUGACAUUCCAAGGGACAUUACUACACUUUUUGACAACUCAAUGUUCAAACUAGACACUUCUCUUGUUCCUAAAGCUAUUAAGUGAGUUUAAUUUAUACUUUUAUUAUAAAAAUUAUUUAAAGAUGAUUCAGACCUAUUUUAAAAAUAGAUCUGACCAACUUUAAAACUGGUGCAGAGCCUUACAUUGAUUUUUCAUCAAACAAAAACUUGGAAGCACAGUUUCUAUCAAGAUUUUUUAGCAAAGCUUCAAAGUUCACCCAUUCAACAUUCUCCAGAUGGGCACCCUUAUUUUUCCUCUGCUAAGUCUGACCCUAAGUGCUUCCCACCUUCCCCUAUUACUUAUAUAUCAUGAUUACAUCACUGAAUCAUCCCACCUUCCCCUACUAUGUAUCAUGAUUACACCACUGAAUCUGCCUUCCCCUAUUACUUAUAUAUCAUGAUUACAUCACUGAAUGCUCUGUGUUUCAAAUACAAGAUGACCGUGGAUGAGUCCUGAUGUAAUUUCAAACACAGGAAAUAUAUUUUGAUGGACCUGUCCCUGGUUACAUUUCCCUCUCCAUGUUGUCAUAUUUCAGAGCAUUUGAGGACCUCAAAGUUAAACAUGAACCUUUGACACUAAUCACACCACAGUUUGAAACGCCACUCCCUCCCCUGAAUCCAGCUGUAAGUCGGUUUGAUUACAAAAUAGUACCUUUUCUAAGUGUUUUAUUUGUGCUCACCUUUUGGUAGCAAUAUCGGUAAAAUUUUAAUGUUAAGACCUAAAUAAGUGUAUCAUGUUAACCAACCUUGAAUGUUUGGAGUUUUGUGUUAUAUAUUAGAUUUGCAAAAAAUUAAUUUUCAAAUGUAUUUAUUGGCUUAUACUUAUAUUCAAUAAAUAAUUGCCAUAAUAUAUUUAUCUGUUAGUAUAGACAUGCUUCUUUUAUUUUUUGACUCACAAUUUUUUUAAUUCUUUUGUCUUGGAAUGUGUUGUUUUCUUUAGGUAUUUCCCCCAUCAUUCAGAGAGUUGCCUCCUCCAGCACUAGAGCUCUUUGAUCUAGAUGAGCAGUUUUCUUCAGAGAAAGUCAGAAUCGCACAAAUCACUAAUAAAUGUAAGGAAUGUUUGGGACUUCAAAAAAAAUAGUUACAUUCUUCUUUCUCCACAUAAUGUCUUGCGAGAAUAACAUUAUAGUUUUUAAUUAAAGGAUUAUGGUAAUUCGUUAUAUGACUAUGGAAAGUGGUUUUGUGUUCCCAUAACAUUUUAUUUUUAUCUUUGAUUUCAAAUAUUUUUGUUGCUGGUAAUGUUAAAGUUAUCAAAUGGAUUUCAGGUCAUUCAGAGCAGUGGUAUCAAUUUAUUCAAAAUAUUAAAAAAAUAACAAUGUAUAUCCAUAAUUUGUGUGCUUUCACUGCAGGUACUGAUGAGGACCUCGAAUACUAUGUCCGGGAAUGUGGGGAUAUCCUGGGAGUCACUCACCAUUUACCCCAAGAGAGCCGUACAGCUAAGCACAUUCUGGAGCAUGUCUUUACACAGAUUGUAGAAUUUAAGAAAUUAAACCAGGUACAAUAAGAAUUAACCCAUAGCAAUGGUUCCCUGGGGGGGUGGGGUUGAUUUUAUUUUUUAAAGAAUUUUUAUUGUAUCAAUAAUAUUAAGAUUAAACGUUAAUUUCAUCUAGUAUAUCUUAUCUGACUUCAGGAACCACAGUAUGAAGGAGGCAUGUCAUAACAAUGCGUUUUGGUGACAGAUCUUCAUUGUACUCCAUUUUUACAUGUGCCACUGAAAGUUGUAAUUUCUUAAAUUAUAUUGUUUGUGCAACAGAAAACUAAGCUAAGUGACAAAAAUACACUCUGAUCCUCUCCUAAGAGCAGUGUUGGUGGUUGGAGUAGGUAACUUACUGGUGUAAUAAGUGAACCUAAUAUUAAUUUAAUUGCAUUCCUCUUUAAACUGUCAAAACUACAUUCUUAAAAACAUGUGCAUACAAUUAUUCUGUCCAGAGGUCAACUUUUUACCUGUGGCAGAAAUGGACUUGUAACCUUUUUGGAUGAGUAAAUUUGACUUAGUUAAAUAUGUUUUGUAAUCCAACUGUUAUGAAAAUUAUGACUGUAUUAUUUGCAGAAGGCAUAAGAUGUUACAGGAUCGCAAUAUGUAUUUGGCAACUACUACUCAACUAGCUCUAUAUGAAAAUGUGUUAAAAAGCUUAAAUUUUUUUUAAAAGAUUUAAUUGCUUUUUAUUGAAUGCCGGGUACACAUACAUUAUAAUAUAAACAUUUUAGGGGUUAGAAUGGUGGAGGAAAAUUUGCUGCUACAGAGGCAGUUGUUUGAUUUUAUUUUAAAACUCCUACAAUGAGUGCAGCUAUUCAUUUAAAUGCACUUCUUAAAAAGCUGAUCUGUGAUUAUUCUCUAUUAAUAUAAUUGUUGUUUGUUAGAUUCAGUGUCUUGUUAAUUUCUUCUACCGAAAAGUUACUAAUGUUAGAAUUUUUUUUUAACUAGUCCAUACUUUGUACAUAUCUCCUUAAUAUCAAAACGAAACUUUUGCCAUUUUUUUAAGGGUGGGGUCUGAUAAACCCUAAGAUUUCAAUAUAACAGCGUCGAUAGGGAUUUGAAAACAUAGGACAAAUAAUUAAAUACUUACUUAUCUUUCUUUUUUUUUUAUUCAAAACAAUUAUUCUCUACUAUUUUUGCAGCAAGAUUUGAUAAAGGUAACUUAAAAAAUAAAUCAUUUCAGCAUUACAGUCCACUGAAAACUUCAGUUUUAAGAUAACUCUCUUCUGUAUUAAGAAAGAAGUACAGUUUGGGAGGAAUGAUAAGGUGACUUCAUGAAUAUAAUUUUAUAAUAGAACAAUUUUUAAAUUGUAUUUAUAUUAUAUAUAAAAAGUUUUCAGAUCUUAAAACAUAAUCCGUCCAUCUGAGAAAGUUUAAUAUUGUACCAUGUUUUUUAUCAUUUCAUCAUUAUAGGACCUUAAUCCUAUAUAUGUUACAUAUGUACUUUCAGUGUACAGGUAUUCUAAGCAUAAUCUUUGUAUUGAAAUUUAUAAACAUGUUCAGAUUUUCCAAAAAUAAUAAACAAAUAAAAAUGGCUUGCAUGGUUUAUAUUGCAUUCUUUCAAAAUUAAUCUGCUUAAGAAUUUUUCUUUCUUAAAAUGAAAUAUAUUAAAACUUGAAUUAUAAUGCAUUAAUGUAU